AUGAAAUGCUAUAAAGCAUACGUUCAAACGCUAUGGGUAAGUUCGGAAGUUAUUCUUAUUGUUAGCAACAAAUACUUUUCGUAUCGGAUUCAAGUCACCGCAAAUAACGUGAUCUGCAUGAGUGUUUCGUUGAGUUCUUAG